AUGGACACUGCCAGUCAAGGCCCUCCAACCCAAAGACAAAGCACUUCAAAUGCGACAGCGGCACUGCCAGUUAUAAAUGUAGCCGCUCAGCAACCGGCACCGGCUGGAAAACGCGUGCGCCGCGCUUACUGUCCUCCUCAACAAGUCUAUAACCAUAACCCGGACCCUACGCUCUCCCACGACGAGCAGCCCUCUUGUUCCGAUCCAGCCCCAGCCCAAGCCCAUGAGCUUUCCCGGCCGUCUCCCGAAGUAGAAAGCGACCAAGAGUCGUUGGAUGCUGCAUUGGCCGGCGCCGCCAGCGUAUCAGAAAAUAUCUCCGAUCCCCUUCUUAGCCCUCGCACAAGCGUUGCAUUGGAUCAUGCCAUGCUUGACGCUAACAUAGGAUUUCCGCAAGAGUUCUGGGACUUUGAUACCCUUGGUCCCAGUUGUAACCCACCGAACGAACUCGUAGCCGCAGAGCAGUUACUCGCCUUGGAGUCGCCGCCUGUAACUGAGCCCUCGAUGACACUUGGACCAAUGGCCCGCCCAGAUGCCAGAGGCAGCGUCGGUAGGAUAUUCGGCAUGGACAAAUUGCUGUCCCAGCCUACAAGUCCGGCUGGGGCUAUUUCUUCUGGCAUAUUCCACCGCAAGGAGAAAGGAAGCAGCCAGUUCCUUGGUUUCACAUCCACCGCGGCCAUUCUAGCCAGAUGUGUCUACGAAUCUCGUGAAACUGGCCCUCGUUUGUCCGACUCGGAGUCGUUGGGCUUUAUUGUGGAUUCUGGUCCCAUGUGCGACGAGAUCUCGUGCUCCGACAUCCCCGAUGUUCCCCGACAGCAAAUACCUUGCAGUACAUUGGCCGUGCAAUAUCUAAAUGCCUUUUUCGAGGAUACAUACCCAUCCCACCCCGUAGCCGACCAAGACGAGGUGAGACUUAUUCUUGAUCGCUACGUCUACAACGGCCACCAAAGCCUUGGGGUCCUGGAUCGUUCUAUCCUUUACCUCAUCAUGGCUCUCGGCGCAUCCUCUAGAUCCUCCCCAGCCGCCACUAGGUCGAUAGACUAUGAAAAACUUUAUGCCUUAGCUUGGAACUUGUUUCCUUACGCGAUGGCGACACCCAGUCUUGCUUCCGUGCAGGUGCUCCUACUUCAUGUGGGUACCCCUCAAUUUACCCUUCUCAUCGCAAUUGUUUACUUUGCAGCAGGUACUUUACAAUAUCCACUGGAGCAACUUUCCAUGAGCCAAGGCAGGCCGCCUAUCUGCCAGCCUUCACAGUGCGAUACCGAGUUGUUUUCGGGCAAGUUGGAUCUUCUGCAAGUCAGCGAAAUAUCCUGGCCGUUGUCACAAGUCUUGAUCUGGAAGCUAGGUCUGGCUCGGAUUCAACAAAAGAUCAACAAUGCCUUCUCAACCUCGACCUCUCCAGAACAACGGUCAAAUUGCCUCGAGGAAGCCGAUAUAGAACUGAUGAAGUGGAAGGAAGAGCUCCCAUUGGAAUUUCGGCCGGAUCAACAAAUGAUUCUGGAUGGCGAUGCACAUAUAGAUAUUUAUAUGCUGCAUCUGGACUACCACAACCUACUACAGAUGAUCCACUGGUCCAGUACCAAGCAUCGACCAAAAGCUAGCGAGACAGACUUUGCGGCUCCACGAAUGCGUGCCAGUGCUUCUAUAUGUGUAGGCGCAAGCUUGGCCGUGGUUAGAACAUUGAAUGCCAUGACUGAUGCGAAUACCCGUGCAAGGUCGUUCAGGUAG